AUGGACUCCGACACCCAAUUUGAAUUUGAUGAUCAAAUGUCGUUAGUCUUUAUCAGUUCACUAUUAUGCAUAGGGUUACUCCUAUUGCUGCUAAUCUUCCUUCGUCGGCGUUAUCGGACAACGCCAUCCUUUCCAUGUGAAUGUUCUUUAUGUUGUGAGAAGCAUUUCCGUUCCUCUUUGCGUCGCAAGAAGUACACUAAACUUGAUGUCAUCCUUCUUUUUCUUAUUGUGCUCUUCUCUUCCCUUUUUGCGUUCAACGUGUUAUACAUUUCACGCGCGGAAGUACCUUCCCCUCCAGAGAAAUUUGACCCCUAUCACAUAUUAAGUGUCACACGGGGGUCCAGCGAGAAGGACAUUCGUGCGGCUUACCGGCGCUUGUCUCUGAAGUACCAUCCCGACAAGAACAAGUUGGAGAGUGCAAAGGAGAACUUCAUUUUAGUGACACGGGCGUAUGAGGUCUUGACCACACCAAGUAAAUUAAGAGCGUGGGAGGAGACCGGGCGAGACGAAGAAGACCACGGCGUCACUUUUGGGAUAGGCAUGCCGUCCUUUUUGAAUGGGCGGAAGAACAAGACUUUCGUCUUGGCCUUUUAUGGUAUUGUUGUGGUGUUAUUGAUACCUCUUGGUGUGUUUCUCUUAUAUUCAAAAUGUGGAGGAAAGUCCCGCGGACGCGCUGAAUAUGCCACAAAUGCCGCAGUGUCGCGUAUAAUGCGGGAACAGAUGACUUUAAUGAAGGUCGUUGAAUUAUUGAGUUUUUCAACGGAAUUUGCAGAUCUUGAAAUUGAACAAAGGGACACAACGGACCUUCCUUUAUUAGUUCAAAAGAUCAAAAGUCAAUUUCGAGUUGAGCAAAAGGACUUUUUGCCAGUGCCAAUGAAGAUUCAAACGUUAAUUGGCGCUCAUCUGUCAAGACUUCAUAAUGAAAUGCCUCAAUACUUAAGAGAUGAGUUAGACUAUAUAAUAGAGAAGGCGCCAAAUGUGUUAAAUAAGUUGGUUUAUAUAAUGAUUUCUAAAGGGAAUAUGGAAGGAGUCUGGUCCACUUUAAAGGUCAAUCAAAUGAUCACGCAGGCAACUGAUAACGAAAACGAGCAGAUUCCAGAUAUCGACAAUAACAAAGAGAAUACUACUGAUAUAUUCAAAUUCGAGGAGUUUGUGCAGUUGAGCGAAAAUGAAAGAACCGCAUUUGUGCAAAAGAACUAUAAAAUAAACUAUAAAUUACCAGUAAAUUAUAGUUUAAAAUUCUUUCGAUAUUUUCCGAGUUCAGUUGAGUUUGUGGUACAGGCGAUGAGCGCGACGAUGAACCAAAAAGUAGCGAGGGGAGUCCCGUUGAUGGUUUUAAUCAACGCGUAUCGAUAUCCACGCGAAAACACGGGCGAGUUGAGUGGGCGUUUUAAAGACAAAUUUUCGAACAUUUUUGAGAGUGAGGGGGGUGAACGUGAAAAUCAAAACGAAGACGUUGACGAUCAACAGAAAAUCAAUGAACACAACGAGAAGGUCUUUUUCGAUGACAAUAAACACGAAAUAAAAGAGGACGUGUAUGUACAUAAUCCACUGUGUCCAAAUGAAAGACUCGAAAGGUGGUGGUACAUUUUGACAGAUGCUAGUGACAGCUACGUAAUCACCGCGACGUGCGGGUUCAUUCAAAUUUCAGACAGACCAACGGUCAUAAAAAUCUAUGCAAAGAACCCGAAUGGGGUUGGGAAAUAUCACGUGAAUUUGCACUGCAUUUGUGACGCUUAUAUUAACUGUGAGAAAACUUUCCAUCUCGAUUUUGAUGUUGUGGAAAGAACUUUUGAAGACGAAAAUGAAGUGAGCGAUGCGAGUGAAGAAGAAAUGAACGGAGAAGAACAAAAGAGUGACAACGAAGAAAACGAAAGGGAGAGUGUAACAAAUGAAGAAAAUUAA